AUGAAGUCCUUUCCCACAGAUUACAUACGACCGCAGGACUAUUUGGAACCGGACGCACCAAAACCCAUCAACCUCUGUAUUGAUGACUUUAAUGCGCGCGGCGAAGUUGCAAAUCCGCGUGCGCCUUGUGUGGUAACCACCAUAGAUCCAGAUUAUAUCAAGGAUGCAGGUCUGCAGCGUCUGGCCAAGAAGUUUCGCAUGAAAACUGAUAUAUUACUGCUACGUGAGAUUACGCGCAAUAAGUUCAUGUGCUACUCCACGCAGGAAAUGUUUUUGGAUAGAAAACGUGAGGUGGAGCACCACAACAGGCUAUACCAGGAGGCGGAGGAGUUUCACAAGUUGGCCGACAAUGUCUUGAAGCAAAUGAAGGCAAACGAAUUUAAGAAAAUGCUAGAGGCACAAGAAAAUCUAAAGAAGCUGAAAGAGAAUAAAGUGGCCGAGGAGCUCAACCAGGUGAAGCUGCAGCAUCAGCGUGUGCUUAUGGAGGUGCAGGAGAUCUACGGGCGCUUUCAGUACUUGCUCAAGCUGAUAAGCUACUUUGAUGACACGUUGGAACAGCAGUCGGAGCAGUUGGACAACAAGCUGACCAUGCCCGAGCACAUAAUCAACAUGGAAAUUAGCGAACGUCAUCCGGCUGGCCUUGAACAGGUGCAGCAGGUUAAGGAGUAUAUGGAGCAUGUGAUUCGGCCGUAUUUGGAGAAGCGCAAUCACUUAAAUGCUGAUAUUUGGAUCAAAGGCUACGAGCGAAAUCGCCUGAAGGUGUCCAACUACAACAAACGUUUCACACAGCUGGCGCUUCUCAAUCACAUUGUGUGCAUACUCCACGACAAGGCGGAGAAGACACAAAAGCGAAAUGCGAGUGCCGUGGUCUUUCUCAAGGAUCCAGAAUUUCUGCAACGCCGCGUGGCUGCACUGCAGCAACGCGCCCACGAACUCUUCGACGAUUACGAGCAGUCGUACUGCAAGGACAAGCUGAGCUUCAAAUUGAAUAGCAUUGUGCCCGUGAUUCUGAAACAGUUGCAGAACAAGGUGCAACCGGCGCAACUGCCAAGGAAGGAAGCAGCCAAGACGCCGCCACAAAAGUCCUCCAAGCAGUGGCGUACACUGGAGGACAUGCGCACGCCAGCGGCCAACACAACGAGCUCUAUCUACAAAGACGAACAAGACACAACGCUGGCUAAAGUGGAGAAAAUACAGACAUUUGCAUUGGAGCUGCUGCGUAAACUGGAUGCCAUACCGCCGGCUGAUCUGCGCAGACUUGAACAGCGCGUGCGACGGCGCAUGGCUAAGCAAACGGAGAUGUCGCGCCGUGCGCUGGUCAAACAGAACAGGCUACACAACUGGAUGGAGCACUUUAAGAAGCACCAUCGCCUGCAGCAGGCAGAGCGCAACAAACAUAAGGUUUAAACGUAUAACAGGUAUAUAUAUUAAUAAAGU